AUGAGCCUCUUAGUGUGGAACUACCGAGGGCUUGGGAACCCUCGGUCAGUUAGGAUCCUUAGCAAACUUGUUAAGGAAAAGGGCCCACUCUUAGUUUUCCUGGUGGAAAAUAAGUGUAGUAAACAAAGGAUGGAGGUAGUCAGGAGAUCUUUGAAGAUGGAUGGAUGUUUUGAUGUUGAAAGUGUUGGAAUGAGUGGAGGUAUUGCUUUGCUGUGGAAGGAAGAAUGGGAGGUCCAAGUGGUUAGCUAUACCAGGUGGCAUGUUAGUGCAGUGGUUAAGGAAGAGCUCUAUGACAGAACAUGGCAUUUCACUGGGUUUUAUGGCCAUCCCGAGACAGCCAAAAGAAAGAGUAGUUGGCAGCUACUUGAGAUGUUAAAGCCUCAAUCAUUUGUGGCUUGGUUAUGUGCAGGAGAUUUCAACGAAGUGUUGCAUCAAAAAGAAAAGCAAGGAGCAUCCAGUAGACCAUACAACCAAAUUGAAGCAUUUAGACAAGCUGUUGAGAGAUGUGGGCUCUAUGAUGUGCAUCACCUGGGACAACACUUUACCUGGUCAAAUAACAUAAGGGGUAAGGAAUUUACCAAGGAAAGAAUAGACAGGGCUAUGGCUAACAAGGAGUGGAAAGAACUCUUCAGAGGUGCAACAUGUACUGCACUAGCAGCAGUAAAAUCAGACCACUCCCCUCUCUACAUAAACAAACAGUCCCCAAACCAAAGUAGGAAAAGGUGGAGUCCAGGAUUUAGGUAUGAAGCUGCGUGGGAUCUACAUGAAGACUGUCAUAAUAUAGUGGCAAAUGGAUGGAAGAGUACCAGACCAGCUGGUCUCUCAGGCUGCACAAUGAGGCACAGAUUGGAAACAUGCCAAAGGGCCCUACAGUAG